CAGAAGUGUUAUCAGCUCUUCAUGUUAAAAUUUUUACAAAAAUAUAUACGUGCUCUAUAAUUCUGCAUGUUCAUUGCUAUGGUGACCGAUCAACUGAUCUGACCUAGGUCACGGACUUUAUAGAGGGAAGUCUACUAUCUAAUGGCAUAUGAUAAAUCAAUAUUUUUUAAUGAAGGUCACCACGGCCGAAAAACGAUUAGUUUUCUGCUUUUAGAACUGAAAUGGAUAUGUUUACUCACUAAUAAUUAUUUAUAAUAUGAGAGAUUAGAUCUAUUUCUGUAGAGUUUGUUCAAAAGUCCAAUUAGAAUAAAAGAAUAAAUAAAACCAGAAGAAAGGGUCGGUUUCGAACGUCAUCAGCAUAGAGGUGUUAACCGAGUGCCUGAAAGACAGCUCUGUUAUCACGGGAUAUUCUUGUUGUUUUGUUCUUUAUAUUUUCAGACUUGAUUUCUGUAGCAGAUUCAUCCUCCUAGCACUCGACUCGCCACGGAGCUCCCAGAGGGUGGCGUCUGUAUAUAUUGCGAGCGUACCAGGAGAUUGUAUAACUCACGAAGGUAACAGGACGCAUACUUUCGUCCUGGGUACGAUACGGUCUUGAAUACAGUGUGAAGGAUUAAAAAAUUAGCAGAAUAUGAAGAAACUAAACAACUAGGUUUUAGGAAUUUGAAGAAACCCAACGAAAAACAUGAAUUUGAAGAAUCACGUGCUCGCCUUUAGAUAAUUGUUAGGGAUUGUUUUGAUUUGCCUUCUCGUUUAUGAUAUGGAAUGCCGUUCUUAUGAUUUCUAAUUUAUCCCUAAUGGAUAAAUUCUGAAGCAGGUGAUCUUCAAUUUGCACAUAAUUUACGAAUUAGAGUAGUGCGAUUAAGAUUGCUCACUUGACUGAAGGAAAGUGCUAUUCCAUAACACAGUGCGACGCAAUCUGAAUUCUGAACCUGUUAGUCUCAAUGUUUUAAUAAGAGCGCAAGGUCAUGCUUUAAUGAUCCCCCUGUAUUGUGUUCUGUUUGAUUUCUACAUGUACGUUUGAUGUGUUGCCUAUACAACCGCCAACUGGGAACGGGCAUUGCGACACCGAAAGUUUACAAUACAAAAGUUAGGUUAAGAGCGUUGUUUUCGGUUAAUUUCUCAAUAAAAAUGAGUUGUUAGUAAUAAAAGAUUUCGUAUAAUUACAAUGGAUUUAUUCCAAUCACUGUCUUCUCUAAAUCACUUAACAGUGAAGAGAGACUAUAAGGAGCUGCUGAAAGAUGUUCUCGUCUCCAAAGACAUCGAGCCGAUAGAAUCCAAGUACAAGUCAUUACAAAACUCAGCCGUAGACAUACGAGCCGCGUUGGAUCAAGCGUUUCGCGAUGUCGGCCUUAACCUUCUCGAUAUUGACGCGGACAUCGAACGAUUAAAAAACUUGGUUAGAUUAUCCAUUGAAGUGUGCAGGAAGGAGAUGGCCACAACGACACUACCCGUGGUCCUUCUCGCCGAUAUCUUUGAAGGAUUGACGCUAGAUUUGUGCGAGGAUAUGUUUACCUUCGUCGAGGAACAAGUAAACGUUUGGAAGGAGGAGCUGUUCUUCACCUCGUGCAAGAACAACCUGCUGAGGAUGUGUAAUGAUUUAGUGAGAAGACUGUCGCAGACUAGCGCCACUGUUUUAUGUGGACGAAUUUCUCUAUUCCUCGCGAAAUUGUUUCCUUUCUCCGAGCGCUCGGGUCUAAAUAUCGUGAGCGAGUUUAACUUGGAGAAUGUGACCGAGUACGGGGCAGAUGCCUCCGAAGAUUCUGUCACGGAAAUUGAAAUCGCCGGUUCUAAGAAGAAUAUUAUAAUCGAUUACAGUUUGUACUGCAAAUUUUGGUCAUUACAGGAUUUCUUUCGGAAUCCUAAUCAGUGUUACAAUAAGGUCCAAUGGAAAGUGUUUUGCUCGCAUGCGACCAGUGUAUUGAGCACCUUUGAAGCAUUGAAACUCGAUUAUGUCAGUAAGGACUCAAAGGACGACGAUGAUGAUGAUAAGUCAGACGAUACACCAUAUUUUCCCAAAUAUCCGACCAAUCAGAAACUGCUAGACCUGCAGAUAUACGACGUUAACUUCCGUCGAUCUGUUCUCGUGCAAUUCCUUAUUCUGUUUCAGUAUUUGACGUCGAGUGUUAAAUUUAAAUCGGAGAAUCACGAGCUAAAAAGUGAUCAAAAGGAGUGGGUGCAGAGCGGAAUUGAAAAAGUCUACGUUUUACUUCGCGAAACGCCCCCCGAUGGGGAACAGUUUACCCUUAACAUCAAGAAUAUCUUAAAACGCGAGGAGAAUUGGAAUGCGUGGAAGAAUGAAGGAUGUCCUGAUUUCAAAGCAUCUAUCUCCCAGCCUAGUGAGAAGUGUAUGAAGACAAUUAGUGAACGUAGGCCCCUUGGCGAUGUCUUAAAGGAGGCACAUGCUGCCGGCAAGUACUAUCUUGGAAAUUCCGAACUGACGAAAGGAUGGAACUUAUCACCGAACAAUCUAGAAGCUUGCAAGUCCAAAGAUCGCGACUUUUUACCUUCAUUAGAAAACUAUUUCGCCGAAGCCAUCGCCCAGCUAGAAUCGUCGACGUUCGUCAAACCGGAGGAUAGUCUACUGAAAGACGGCAAUUUCGGCUGGCGCGCCUUGCGAUUGGUCGCGAGACGCAGCCCCCACUUCUUCACGUACAGCAACAACCCGAUCAACCAACUUCCCGACUACCUGGAGAUGAUGGUUAGAAAAAUCGCCGCCGAUCGUCCGGGAAAAGUGCAGGAGGGUAACGACCAAAACGACGCCGAGCUCGAAGAGAACCUCUUCAAGGAGGACGAGCAGCCCACCGAGGAAAUUAAGCAGGAAGACGAAUUUACGGACGACCACAAUAUGCACACUAUACAUCUUAGAAUUACCGUUAGCCAAUUGAAUACGUUUAGCGAAGCAAUCGCCACCAAUUGGAAGACAAUCGCGACGAAACUAGGUUAUACAUCGGACGAGAUCAAGUUCUUCGAAGAUGAGAAUCCGAAUGAAGUGGAACGAGCCAAGAAUGUGUUACAGUUGUGGUUUGAAGACGAUGAUGAUGCUUCUAUGGAAAAUUUGGCUUACAUGUUGGAAGGUCUGGAUUUGAUCAGUGCAGCCGAGGUGGUGAAAGCUGAAAUUGCAAAAGCAGUUUAACUAACUGUGCGUUCUUAAUUUUCUUUUGUAUUUUGAGUAUUCUUAUAAAUAGGUUUUUUUUAAACUGUCCAAACUGUUUCUCUAUUUCCUGUUUAUUGGAUUUUUUUUGUCUGUACUGAGUUUGAAAUUGCAACUGAACUGUAGCAAUUUAGUUUUUCGAAUAGGAAAUGCAAAUGUUUUUUGUAUUAAACUGAAAACAGUAUAAAUAAGGUUUGCGA